ACUAUCUCUCAUUAUCAGCACAUUAAAGAAGGCAGAGGCAAAGCAGCUCAUCUUGCCUCAACUUAGUCGCCGCUUCUUUACUUUUCUCUCCACCUCCACCUCCACCUCCACCUCCACUAAAAAUAAAGUCGGCAGUUUUUUUCAGGUGCUUUAAUGGGGAAUUGUCAGGUAACUGACGCUGCGGCCGUCGUUAUCCAGCAUCCGGACGGCCGCGUUGAGCGACUCUACUGGCCGACGAGUGCCGGCGAGAUCAUGCGAAGCAAUCCCGGCCACUAUGUAACCUUAGUCACCUACUAUAUUUCCCGCGGAAACUCUGAGACUUCAAAUACUGCUUCCUUACCCAUCGCCGCAGGCGAAACCGUCCGGCUAACUCGCAUAAGGCUUCUCAGGCAAAAGGAUAUACUCCUCGUCGGCCAAGUUUACCGACUUGUUACUUCCCAAGAGGUGACAAAAGCGCUUAACGCCAGGAAACAAGAAAGGAUGAGGAAGGAUCAAGCAGAGCUGAUCAAGCAACAGGAACAACAGCAGAAGCAGAGACAAAGGCUUCAACAUAGUACAAAUGUUGAGGAGGGAGUGACUCAGGUGGAGAAGAAUGAGAGGGAGAAGCAGAGGAGUACUAGGUAUUGGCGACCAUCGCUGCAGAGUAUCUCAGAGAUUGGAAGCUGAUAUAUGGCCGUCGUUCUGGAGAGUUCAUCAAAGGGAUUCUACUGAAUUUGUUUUCAAAAUGAUGAAAGAGCUCAUGCGGGCAGUGCUCAGAAUAUUUUAUGAAGGAUUAUAGGUUGAGGAAUGCUACUAGAAAUGGAAAGAUCUGCAGAACAAUGCAUUAAGGCUGACUGAAGGGGAGAAAUAGAUUUCACUAGCAUAAAACUGUAGCCUUUUUUCUGCACUGUAAAAGUUCUAUCUGACUUCAUCAUUAUUAAGGUUGAGGCUAUCUAAAAUGGUUGGUGUGUAUGUUCGAUUGUGCUCUGCUUGAUAAUUACUUCGUGUUCUAUUAGAUUUUAUAAAUCUUUUAAUUUUAUGAGUUA